CAGCGGCUCGAGGAACUAUGGUAACUUUGUACUGUGUCGUCGUUGGUGUGGCUGGGAGCGCGUUCCCUGUGGACAUUGACGAGAACAAGUCCGUGGGGCACUUGAAGGACGCGAUCAAGGAGAAGAACGCAUCGACGAUCACAUGCGACGCCAAGAACCUGCAGCUCUUCCUGGCGAAGAAGAAGAAAGGCGCUGGGGUAAGGCUAACGGAGAACGACGUGAAGGACGGUGUCAGUGACACGAGUGAUUUGAAGCUAUUGGGCGUUGCAGGAGCGCCGCUCAGCUUGGUUGGCUUGUCGGAGAAGGACGUCAAGUUCGUACCCACGCUAGAGGAUGUCGAGUCGAUGAACACACCUGUUCACGUGCUGGUGGUGGUUCCGGAGCAAGACGGUACUAUCUCAAAAGAGAUGUCUGCAGCGACAUCGCCACUGACAGUAGAGCAAGUGGAGAUGUCAAUGAAUAAGGUUCUCAGGGAACGAGAUGAGAAGGCGUCUGCGUAUUCGUUUUCCGAUCUGAAUACUGCGAUGGAAGAGCGAAUUGUCAAGAAGAUGCGCUUGACCGAAAAUAUUCCUGAUGUCAAGGAGCCAGUCGAUACUUCCAUCGCCGGUUAUUCGUGGAUUCCAAAAAUCGUGGAGAGCGAGGAAAGUCAAAGGGCUGGGUACAUGGAGUACUUGCAGCAGCAUUUGAAGACGCUGAUCGAUCGAGGAGACUUCUUGUUGGAUGACAUUGCGGGCGAUAAAUCAGUUCUUAACAUCGUGGACCCAAGACUUCCGUUUGCUAUGAAAGGCACAGCUGAUGUAUUGCUCAUCAAUCGAACAGCGAAGAACCCACUGAUUAAGCUGGCUGGGGUCAGCUUGGUGAUCGAGCUCAAGAAGAAAGUCGAACCGGGCCAUGUUCCUCAAGCAAUUGGUCAACUUGUGAGCUGCAGCAUGAAGGCGCCUCUCAAUUGCUAUCCGCUGAGUUUGUUGACGGAUUUAAACGACCACUGGCAUUUCUCUUGGUUCAGCGACAAGCACGUUCUGACCCAAGUUACGUUGAAGUAUCCAAAGAACGCGUUCA